UAUUAUUAUUUUAAAUAUACGGUAGCUAUGUAUAGCCGUUUAUCGUCUUGUAUGUUCACAAAAUGUACAACGUAAAUAUAUCCUUAACGCACCAUGCCAACAGGCCUAUCGUGCACAUUUUCGUCUCGAAAAUUCGUUUUUAUUAAUAGGCUAUAUGCCAAAUGUAGCUAGGUAUCCUAGCUGUCGUGCUAAGCUAAAGAUGUCUCUUACUAGUUUGCCUCGCAGCCGUAAUGCUUCUGGGGUGGUACGAUGGGUGCACAAACCACCCCCCGCUAGCGAUAUGUUUCAAGCCGCAGUUUCGGGGGACCAAGAAUGGCUCAGUUUGAGUCUGAAGAGAGCGCUGUCGGCGACGCAGCGGAACAAACAGGGUCUCACCGUGCUACACGUGGCCGCGCAGUACGGCAGGCUGGACUGCGUGAAGCUGCUCGUGGAGUCUCGUUACGUGGACGUGAACGCUGGCUGCCCGCGUGGGCGGAGACCCAUACACAUGGUGCUCAGUCCCCAGAGCAGACCUCAUUCCUACGCCUGCCUUACAUACCUGCUGGAACAGGGAGCCGAGCCCGACGUCUCCACAGAUGAAGGAGUAACACCUCUGCAUAUGGCUGCUGCUGAAGGUCUGAGAAAGUGUGUUGAAACCUUGGUUAAAGUCGGAGCCAACACACAUGUGUGUGAUAGCAGGGGGCACACACCCUUUGACCUUGCUCGUCUCUGGGGGCAUAGGGUAAUUGCUAGGUUUCUGAAAAAUGCCAUGUGGCAGAGAGAUAAGAAGGAGGAGAUGGAGAGAUGCAGAGCACUGCAGGACCUCAGACAGACUCUGACUGCCAUGCACAGGAAAGCAAAGUUUCAGGAAAAGGUUGUCAGAGAGGCCCUUAUUGGGGACAAGUUGUCCAAAUGGGCUGAGAAGAAGGGCCUGCCCUUACUCUGGACCCCUUUGAGGGACUCUUGGACAUUACACCAUGCCCAGUGCCUGUCUUCAGAACCUACCAAAUCAAAGAGUGCCAAAACAAAGAAACACCACUCAGGUUCACCAAGAGAAGCAUGGAAUGUCUCCCCCAACCCGUCCAGACCUCCUCCUGCUAGCAUCAGCAGGCCGCAGCAGGUGCGAAUGGGUGUCCAUCCAGAAAAGGCAGCAGUCGAGCCAGAUCUGCAUCAGAGUGUCAGGCUGCAUCGGUCCACGGAUGGCCGUGUCCACUACACUACGCUGUGGGAUGGUGUUUCACAUCCAAUGCCCACCCUGCCGCUAGAUGUCGUCCAGAGGGGCCUGUUUCCAUUAGUGUUCCCCUCACGAAUUGCUUCUCCACUGCACUUCCAGUGUAGCAGUGUGCUAGACCUGCCUCGCCGAGGGCGCACACCACAAGCGGGUGCCUCACCCUGGACUGAGGUGGCCAUGCACCUGGCUGAGGAGCUGGAGCCAGGGAAAUACUGAACACUGUGCUGACUGAGUAAAGGCUGAGCCAGUCAAUGUAACUAGAACACGGGUCAUCAGUCCAAUCUUUGGGCAAGCCCAGCCAGUACAGGAAUUUGCUCUGUCCCAAUACAGGACUACACCAGAACCAGGUAAGGCAUGCAGAACAUUUGACUGUCUGGCUGUAAAAAUGUGUUUUAGCUGGAAGACAGUAAAUAUGUGGAUUAGCUGGGUGUCCCCGAAGACUGGAUUGAGAGUCUCUGAAUUAGAUAUACAUUCCACAAACAGCCCUUUUAGCUAUUUAGUGUCUCCUCUUAUUAAUUACACUAUUGCGUUUCUAUGCUGAAAGGUGUUAGCCAUGGAUCUAACCCUAAAAAAUCUUUAGGUCUUACACUUAGCCAAACUUUGCAUUAACAGACUGAUUUAUGUUUAGCCAUACAGUGUACAUUAUCAGCACUUCCUCUCCACCCACCCCCAAGUGGUUUAUUCCCCCACUGAGAGCCUGUUGAAGUGAGUGUGCAUGUGUUAAUAGUGUGAAGCAAACUGUGCUGACCUCCCAUCGACCUCACACUACCAACAGUAACCUCCAGGUCACAAUCAUAUAAAGGGCAAACCUUAAAUAAAGGGUAACCAACCAGACAGGUAUGAGAGGUUAUAACACUUCAGAAUGAAAAAGGGUGGAAGGGAAAAAAAAAAAAAAAACCUGUUAGAUAUGGAUAUUCUCAACCAGUUGAGCAUAGUGUAGUGUCUUAAAAUCAGAAAGUAGUAGCUAACAAUUUAACUCAUUUUAUUAGAAAUGUACAUUAACUGCUUGUGUGAAAAAAUGCUGGACAGAGCUGUCAAUUUCAUUGAUUAAAAAAUUAAAAUAGGAAGAGCAGCACUCAGCACUCUCAUAUUAUAUAGAACAUUGUGAAGCCAACCACAGCUCUUCUUACACCUGUGCCCAUAUAGAUCAAGCAUCUCCAAGCAUUAGUGUCUAGUCCCUGAUGUAAACAGAUGUUUCAUCAAUCCUACAGGUACUCAUACCUACACUUAUAAUCACACGUUUGUUCUUUAUAGGACAUAAAUGAAAAAAGCAGGAUGGAAAAGUAUGGCAUUGAUGAAUGUUAUAUGACAGUUAAAAUGCUCAUGAAAU